UGCAUGGCCAUUCCUCUGUCCCAGGUUGUGUUCAUCGAAGAACAGGCGGCCGGAAUUGGGAAGAGUGCCAAAAUCGUGGUUCAUCUGCACCCAGCUCCUUCUAACAAAGAGCCCGGUCCAUUCCAGAGCAGUAAAAACUCCUACAUCAAACUCUCCUUCAAAGAGCAUGGCCAGAUCGAGUUUUAUAGGCGUUUAUCAGAGGAAAUGACACAGAGAAGGUGGGAGAAUGUGCCAGUUUCCCAGUCAUUACAAACAAAUAAAGGACCCCAGCCAGGAAGAGUAAGAGCUGUAGGGAUCGUAGGUAUUGAAAGGAAACUCGAAGAAAAAAGAAAAGAAACUGACAAAAACAUUUCUGAGGCAUUUUACAAUCUUUGUUUGUUGAUCUAUCAGAAAAAAAUUACUAUUGAAAUAUCUAAAGAGUCGCAGAGUAAAACUGUUUUCCAGUCUGCUGAUGCUUUUCCCACCCUCUUACAGACCAUCAGGUUUAAGUCCUACUUGCUGAGUAUGGGAAUAGCCAACCCAGUUACCCGGGAGACCUAUGGCUCAGGCACGCAGUACCACAUGCAGCUGGCCAAACAGCUGGCUGGAAUAUUGCAGGCACCGUUAGAGGAACGUGGGGGAAUAAUGUCGCUCACAGAGGUGUACUGUUUGGUGAACCGAGCUCGAGGGAUGGAGUUGCUCUCACCAGAAGAUUUAGUGAAUGCAUGCAAGAUGCUGGAGGCGCUGAAAUUGCCUGUCAGGCUUCGGGUUUUUGACAGUGGUGUCAUGGUAAUUGAGCUUCAAACCCACAAAGAAGAGGAGAUGGUGGCCUCAGCCCUGGAGACAGUUUCAGAAAGAGGAUCUUUAACAUCAGAAGAGUUUGCCAAACUUGUGGGGAUGUCUGUCCUCCUAGCUAAAGAAAGGCUGCUUCUCGCCGAGAAGAUGGGCCAUCUUUGCAGAGAUGACUCUGUGGAAGGCUUGCGGUUUUACCCAAAUUUAUUUAUGACACAGAACUAAGAAUUUUGUAUCUGAUAGACCUUUUGUCAAUACACUUGGCAUCGUGCCGAGGUCAUAUGACAUUGAGUUAAGCGAUGAAUACAAAUAAACCAAGAAUUUGUUAGAACUUCACAGUAUAAUAUAAAACUCUUACUCUUUCCCUAAAAUUAUGGUCUCAGAAGUGUAUUUACAUAUAGGAAAAGACAGAACAAUGAAUGGAUAUGCAUUUAAAGUCGUGCUGUACUUGUGUAGAACUCUUGGGAUUUAACUUGAAAUAUGGUGGAUUUUAAUUUGAUCCUUGAAUUUAGAUCCUCAAGGGGAGAAGAAGUAAAGUUGCAUGUUUGGAUCCAUGAGGUAAUCAUUUUUCUGUGACUAAACUUCACCAGAUUGUGAAUGUUUUUCUCUGCAUCAAAUGCCCAUCUUGGGCAUUCAUGAAGGAAGCAAUAGCUACACUGUAGUUCAGGAACCAAUAGCGCUGGAAUAAAGGUCAGAUUGCAGAGU